GACCUGAAGGACCCAGUAAGAGGAGCUGGAGCAAAAUGGCGCUCUCAGAGAUCACGCCCUCGUUAUUCCUCAGCGGGUCGGACGGUGCUCAGAAUGGGUCUCUGGUGUCACGAAAGGGCAUCACACUCAUUGUGAACGCGACCCUGGCUCACCCCUCUCCCCCCCUGCCAGGCGUGGAGGUGCUACGUGUGCCUGUCUCCGACCUGCCGUCGGCACCACUGCACCAACACUUCGACCGUGUGGCCGAGCGUAUCCAUAGCAACAGCGGGAAGACACUGGUGCAUUGUGCGGCCGGAAUGAGCCGCUCGCCGGCACUUGUCAUGGCGUACCUCAUGCGGUUUAGGGGCGUGUCCCUCCAACAGGCACACGCCCUAGUCAGAGAGCGCCGGCCGCACAUCCGCCUCAACCGCGGCUUCUGGCAGCAGCUCCUGACCUACGAGAGGAGGCUGUACGGGAGCAACAGUGUCCGACUGGCAGAGGACACUGACGAGGGCGGGGUGUCAGCAACCACGAAGAGUCUGGGGCAGCUCCGCCCACAGCCCAAGCACAGCACUGCUACAGCAACCAGAGGUCACCAGCUCCUCUCCUUUAGGUCCCCACUGACCUCUGACCUCAGACCCUCUCUGACCUCCACUCUUUCCUCCCUCAGACCGCCCUCCUCCCCCCUCCUUUCUCGCAGGGGGUCUCUAAGCUCCGCCCCUCUCUCUCCGCAGCUGAGGGGGGCGGAGCUUUUCUCUCACAGGAAGUGUCCGGGGCAGGUCCCUCCCUCUCCACCGCCGAGACGCAGAAAGUGA